CGAGGAGGAGCCGGACGGCGCCCCCGAGAAGGGCCGGAGCUCGGGCCCCAGCGCCAGGAAGGGCAAGGGGCAGAUCGAGAAGAGGAAGCUGCGGGAGAAGCGGCGCUCCACCGGCGUGGUCAACAUUCCCGCGGCGGAGUGCUUAGAUGAAUAUGAAGAUGAUGAAGCAGGGCAGAAGGAACGGAAAAGAGAAGAUGCAAUUACACAACAGAACACGACACAGAAUGAAGCUGUAAGCUUAUUAGACCCAGGCAGUUCCUAUUUGCCACAGGAACCAUCUAGAACAGUUUCAGGCAGAUAUAAAAGCACAACCACUGCCUCUGAAGAUGAUGUCUCAACUCGAUAUCCCCGGACAGACAGAAGUGGGUUUGGUAGAUAUAAUAGAGAUACAAACAUUGCAGGUAAUCUGGUCUCAAGUAGCACAUUGGAAAAGAAAAUUGAAGAUCUUGAAAAGGAAGUUGUGAGAGAAAGACAAGAAAACCUAAGACUUAUGCGACUGAUGCAAGAUAAAGAGGAAAUGAUUGGAAAACUCAAAGAGGAAAUUGAUUUGUUGAGCAGAGAUCUAGAUGACAUAGAAGAUGAAAAUGAACAGCUAAAGCAGGAAAAUAAAACCCUUUUGAAAGUUGUUGGGCAGCUGACAAGGUAGAAGAUUCAAGACCUGAUGUGGAAAAAAAAGUUUUUAAAACUACUGAUUGAGUGUUAUGGUUAAUGCUAGGAUAAUAUUCCUAUGCUGCAGUACAUUAAAGUAACUAUGUAUAUUUAUUUCUAGAAAAAGGAUGGUGUUUAUUUUGAAAAUUUUUUUCGUUAUUACUUUGAAAAAAGUAUCAAACCUUUUAUUUCACAAAUAAGUAACACCUUUUAGUUAUUAAAAUGAUAGGUAAUGCCUCUAUUGGUUUUGUGUGGUGUUCAAAUAAUAUAUGGUGUAAAGUCACAGCUGUUUGAGUGCAUUUUAUCUGUGUUAAUGCAUUUUCUCCCUGAAAAGCUAUAUAUAGUCUUUGUUUACGUGAAUUUUAAUACUCUGUGGGGAUUACCUAUAAAUGCCUUCUUACCAAUGUGUGCAGCUUUAUAUGUUGAAGACUUACUCAUAAAGAUCCAUGUCUACUGUCAUUUGUUCCUUACACUUAUUCUAAGUGAUUUAUAGUAAUAAGUAGUAAUCGCACUAUUUUGUAUAACAGUAAUCUUUUAAAGGAAAGCUAUUAUAAAAAGUUACUUAAUAUGUUCUAGCUGGCUAAAUAUAAAUUUAAGCAAAUACUUGAAUUGCGCUAUAGUAAAUGGAAAUUUACUAUUGUGUUUGAAUACUGAAAAAAUUUUCAAUUACUCUUAACUUCUGAAAAAUACAGUUGUAAUUUUAAUGUAUAAUUUCUUAUGUAGGUACUACUUUUUUACUGUUCUAAAAUUUAUUAGCACAUAUGGGAUAUUUAAAAGAUUAUUCUUAGGCCUUGAAAGUGGUACAAUGUCAGUGAUUAAGAAGAAAAUCCAUUUUUGUAUUAUCAUAUGCAUUAAAUUCUUAACCAAAAUACACGUAAAACAUUUAUAUGUAUAUAUUAACAAAGCAAUAUGAAAGCAAAAAUAGUACUGCAAUAAUGUCACCUGAUUUCUAAGUCAGAGAAACACUGUGACACAGUUUUUCUCAUAUGAGAGAAUAUCCCCCUAUCCCAAUUAUACGGGAUUUUUCUUCCUAACACUGAACCUUUAAAAACAAUGAUUUUUGAAGAAUUACAAAAAUGUUCUCUUCUAUUAAAUGUCCUUAGUACGUAGGGUGAUAUUGUAUUAUGUUUUCCUGUUGAAUAAGAACCUAUCCCUCCCUUAAUCCCUUGAGAUUAAGAAAUUUCUGCCUGAUAGUGAAUCUUAGGUAGCAGUAGUGAUAUCAGUGAAUGGGUCAGUGUAUGGGAGUGGCUUGACUAUAGUAAAAUCCAAUUGGAGUUCCCUGCUGACUCCUUUAUCUUGCACUUGCAAAGCUCAUUCAUUCGUUCGUUCAUUCAUUCACUGUUAGAAAAAUAUGGAAGGUAGGACAAGUAGGGGAAAAUGUGGAAUAGUACUAAACAUUAGACAUUAAAUUCCAAAAAUAUCUACAUUCGCUUAAGACUAGUUGUUUUCCCCUUGAUCCGACUUGAAAAGUUUCAAAAUUGGCCCAUUGUCAGAAUCAUUUGAAUGGGGCUGGGAUGUGGCUCCGUGGUAGAGUUCUUGCCUUUCAUGCACAAGGCCCUGAGUUUGAUCCCCAACACCACACACACACACACACACACACACCAAAGAUGACGACAACAACAACAAAACGGUAAUUUGAGGAACUUGAUAAGAAUCCCCUGCUGUAUCUGCUGAAUAGGUUUAGCUUGGGCACCUAAACUCAAGAAUUUUAAAAAAUCAUCACCUUUAAUGAUAGUUCUGGUCAUAUAAUUUAGUUUCGGAAUUAGCUACUUUGCCUCUUUACCUUUGUGUUUUCUAUUGAUGACCCCAGAAUUGACAAUGUUAGCUACCCCAUUUUCCCAUUUCAGUUUAAUAAUUAGUAUCAUCUCUAUAUCUCAUAGAAAGUUUAAUUUUAGAUUAUAGAAUUACUGCAUGAGGGCUUUCUUUGAGGCUUUUACCCAGUGCAAGAACAGUGAAUUGCUGCCUACAGAUCAAGGUAGUAUGCCAGGCUCAGGGCAUUGGCUGUCGGGUAUUCAUCUCAUUUUAGUCAUCCUAUGUGUGUGGCAGAAAUGUCCCUGUUACCUAUUUCCUCAUUUACUCUGUAUAUGUUUGAAAAUGCCAUCAAUAUCCAAUCCUAAAAUUCGUGGUUUUUUUUUUCAGUUAAAAAAUUAGUUUAAAUUUUCUGUUUAAUUCAUAUGUAGAUAAAAAAAAUUUUACUUUUAAAAAUUAUGUCAGUUAUGAACACUUGUAAAGACUGAGUUUUAUAAUUUUUUCCCUGUGUUUGGUUUAUUGAGAAUAUUUCAAGCAGUGGUUUUGCUUUUUUAAUAUAGUGAUACCAGCAGCAAAUAUAGGAGCUUCACAAUUGAAGGAAAGAAUUUAUAUCAGUCUCCUCUACCUCCUUAAAAUGUAAAUUUAUUUCACAUAGAUUUUUUUCACUGACUGUUGAAAAGUGGAGUAUUAUCUGCUAUAAUUUCCCUUUAAAGUUUAUUAAAAAUGAGUUUUUUAAAAGAUGACACCCUAGAAAACUUAGCUGACAUUACAAUAAAGUAGAAAUAUUUGUGACAUUUAGUCCUAUUAAUAUUAUUUCUUACAUCUUGUGGGAAUUUGUAACAUAAUAAAACAUAUUCGCAGUUGUAUUCAUGACGUUUAAAAUUACUAUAUUUAAAAUGAACGUGACUUGCCUCCCCAUUCUGAAAUGAAUUAACUAGAAAAUUACUGUAAUAUUCUUUAUCAGUUUUUUUUCUAAAAUUUUUUUUGUGCUGGGAAUCAAACUCAGGACCUUGUGCUUGCCAGGCAGGUGCUGUGCCACGUGAGCUAUGUCCCUGGCCUUUUUCUAGGAUUAUUAAUAACCUGUUGUAAUAUUGUUAUUAGAAAGGAAGAGAAGGUAUUGGGGAUGUGUAUUUUUAAGUAAUCUGAGGAAUUUACUAAAUCAUUGUAUCACUAUCCCAUUUGUUCAAGUAGUUUAAAAUAUAGAAAAUUAAGUAUCAGGAAAGUACAUGAGACAAUGUAGAUUUUUUUUUCCUUUAUAAAUUUACAAUUUUAAAAUUGUUGUAGAAGCAAUGUUUUUUUAACAUGAAAAACCUACCUCAGUUAUAUGUGGUUUGUGUUUUCUGGAGUAAUCUGGAUUUUCAUAAUUAGAAACUAAUGUGUAAAAGUUUUGAGUCCACGUUUAAUUUUUAAAAUAAUGCAAGUCAGUGUAAUAGAACCAUCCACACAUGCAACACCAUACAACAAAACAGUAAAGACCCUGGACCUGAUAAUUGACUUGAUGUGCUAAGUAAUCUUCACAUGUACAAUGGUAGUCAUUUUUCUUAGUUAAAUUUUAUAAUUUGUGAAUCAUUGAGUAGUAAAUUACAUGUAGUGUUGGUGUUUAUUCAUGAUUUUGUUAACUUUUUCCAAGACUAAGGCACAUAUUUUCAUUUGGUUUCAUGUGGGAACCAAAGGCACCAGCUUUUCAUUAGAAGAAUACAUUAAAUGAGAGUGAAUUGGUAUUCAAGAAUCAGAACAUUAAAAUAGUAAGUUAAAACUAGUGUUACACAUGUUCAUUUUGUAUGUGUACCAAUUCUCAUGUAUAACAGUAAAGCUUGACUUUGUUUGCAUUAGAACUGUGCUUAUAGAGUACAUCCCAUUGAGGAGAAUUUUAAUAUAAAUUACUUACCUGAGAACUAGUAUUUUGUUCCAUUAAACUCAAGCACAUAUACAAAGGCACCUCCUCCCCAUACUAUUCAGUUUCUCUUGAUGUGUAGAGGUUGGUUGUUUAAUUCUGUUUAAAGACUUGAACCUUCUAAGGAAACCUGAGCCCAUAUCGUUUCCUAUUUUUCUUAACUAAAUCUCAUAGCAUAUAAAUUCAUACCCUCACCCCCUGCAUAAUUGUAUGUAUGUGACAGUAUGUAUAUGGGGGUUAUAUUAAAUUUUCAUACCUAUUUCAGCAAGUAUUUAUUAACCAUGUGGGUAUACUGUUACAGGUAUUACAGAAGUUUCAAACAAAUGCGCAUGGAUCAGUGCUUCCAUUUAGCAGUGUACAAUAGCACAAAAUGCAGUGGUUGUCAUUAGCCUACCUAAUCUGGAUAGUUCCCUCAAAAGUACCUUUUUGUAUUACUUAUCCAGCCAUUGUAUUUUAGAUCUAGUUAACAGGUAUGUUUAGUUUGCUGCAACAUUGACUGAACAGUGGAAGGAGGGAACUGUGAUGUAUGUUAGGACGACACUUUACCAUGUUUUUAAAGAUAACUAGUCAAUAAGAAAAGAACACUAAGGAUUUGUAGCGGUAGUGAUGUAACAAUUCAGUGUGUAUCGGAUGCAUCGGGCUGUUUGUGAUGCUCACGUGUCAAAUUAGCAUUUCCGUAUGCAUUAUUAAUUACUGGUUGUUUUUUAAGAUAUUGAAGCCUCUUCUAAUCUAAAGUUUAUAUACUGGCAGUUUCUCUGGUAAUAACACCAUGUUAGUGAUGAUCACUUGAUGGACAUUGAUUAAGUACCUGUGUUUUGUUUUCCCUUCUGGAUACCUGAUGAGGUGUAUGUUACAUUUUGGUGAAUUUGUUUUUUUAAAGAUUGGCUAUGCUGUGUGGAGUUUUUAUUUUCAUGGAUUUAGUUUUCUAAAUUUAAGUAGCUUUGCUACCAGCAAAGACCUAAAACUGAAACCUAAAACCUAAAUAUGAAACCUAAAACUUACUGUUUUGUUGAAAAAUGAGCUCAUUCAGAUAACCCAAAUAUUUGUGGAAGAAACAUCUGGAUAAUUUAUUGAACUUAUUAGUAUUGUGUGGAAAUCAUUCCCAUUGCAUAGAUAUUGGUUGUGGAAUAGUCAUCUUCAUAUGGAUUCACUUUUAAUAUGCUUGGCAUGUAAAAAAUAAACACUCAAUAAAACGUAAGUUUUCAUUUAUUUUUCAA